AUGAGCCCCCGCCUCUCAGACGAGGAGCGGGUCGCCUUCCUCGCCCUCGACGGCCGAUCUAGCGGCGACGAUGACUUCGACGAGUACAUCGUCAAGACAAACAACAAGCAUGAAAGACUCCCACUGCCAGGGCGGUUACGGUCAUGGCUCUGCUCCAGACCCCGCAUCCUACGGCGCAAUGUCCUUCGAAACCCCUUGGUGACCAUCUUGGUCGCCGUCAAAUACAUCAUAUUAUCUCUGGCCUUCGUGCUCAUCGCGACGCCGAUUCUUAUCCCCUCCUACACGCGAUUACCACCCCACUACCGUGAGCGCGAGGCUGCAUGCAAGGGACCCGACGCCGCCCCCGGCUGUGCCAACCCGUUCCAAGAGAAAAUCUUCAUAUCCGUGAGCUUGUAUGACAAGGGGGGCCACUUGGCCAGCGGGAGAUGGGGCGAACAGGUGCUGGAGCUCAUACAGAUGCUGGGGCCGGAGAACACCUUCCUUUCCAUCUAUGAGAAUGACAGCCCGCUGGGCGAGACGGCGCUGGAGGACUUCAAGCAGCGCGUCCCCUGUAACCACGAGAUAGUCUUCGACCGCGAUGUCUCCCUCAGCGAGUUCGACAACGUGACCCUACCCGACGGGACUGAGCGCAUGAAGCGCCUGUCCUACCUCUCCGAGGUCCGCAACCGCGCCCUGCGGCCUCUCGACCGCUUUCGGACCGACACUGGUGUUGUCAGGUUCGACAAGGUCCUCUUUCUCAACGACGUCCUCUUCCGCACCGUCGACGCCACCCAGCUGCUCUUCAGUACCAACACCGGCGAAGACGGCCGCGCGCACUACCUGAGUGCCUGCGCACUCGACUACGAGAACCCGUUCAAGUUCUACGACCUCUACGCCCAGAGGGACGCCGAGGGGUACUCGAACGGGGUGCCCAUCUUUCCCAUCUUCUCGACGGCCGGGAACGGGUACUCACGCGAGGACAUGAUCAUGCAGAGGGACGCCGUGAGGGUCUCGGGCUGCUGGAGCGGCAUGGUUGCGAUGCAGGCCAAGUACGUGCAGAACCUGCGCGCCGACCUGCCCACACCGACCUUCCAGGACAUCGGCGCCCACGUCGUCGAUCCUGCCCGCCCGACCCCCAUCGAGGCGCCCGUGCGGUUCCGAUACGAGCCCGAGAUCUUCUUCGACGCGUGUGAGUGCUGUCUCUUCCUGGCGGACGUGUCAACCGCCGCGAAGAAAGACAACGCCGCGGAACAGGGCACUUUUGUUAACCCCUACGUGCGCGUUGCGUACGAGGACUCGGUGCUCACGUGGCUGCACCGUGUGAAGCGCUGGGAGCGCCUCUUUAUCAUCCCCCACCGCGUCGUCUCCUGGCUCGCCGGCCUGCCGCGAAACAACCCCUACCGCGAGGUACAAGAGGGCCAGCCCUUUGUCGAGGAGGUCUGGCAGGAGGACCACUGGGAACUGGUCAACAGAACAGGCAGGAGUGGCAUGUUCUGUGCCGUGCGGGAGAUGCAACUUAUCAUCCAGGAGGCGAGGACGGGGGACAAGAACUGGAUGAACUGGCCCAUGCCGCCUGGCCAGCAGCUCGACUUCCCUACUUAG